AUGGCACCAGCGGCGGCACCAGCGGCGGUGGCUGGGGUUUGCAGCUUGGAGCCUUCCGAUGGAGCAAGGGCACUCCUGCUGCUCCUGAUGUCAAACUUGCUCACAUGGGAGAAUGUGGCCUCUGUGCCCAGGUGUAUCAUGGAAAAUGGAGGCUGCCAGAAAGUCCUCAGCUACAUUUUUAACAUGACAAGCAACACAUCUGAUGUCAUCAACCACCUUUCUUCUGAAACGUUAAAUGAAUUUGAUAUGCAGUAUGAUCCACAUCAAAAAUUCCAGAACAAGCCUAGCAUGACCUGCCACACUUCAUCCCCCUCCAUCCCAAGCAACAGAAUGAAGGCUGAAAGAAUGCAGCCUGUCAACCUACUAAAUGUGACAAUCAGGAUGCUGGCUGCCUGGAAAAACCUUUAUUACCAUGUAGAAAACAACAUGGUCGAUCUUGAUGGAACUCCUAAUGUUAUCAUACCAAAAGUUAUGUUGCUUGAUAGACAAAUCAAAAGACUCACAAAAAAUCUUCAGGACAUUAAGACUAUACUCAGCCAGGUUCAUCCUGAACUUGAGGAAAACGAGGACUACCCUUCCUGGUCAGGAAAGCCGUAUAUACAGCAAUCCAAAAGAGAAACUCAGCUUUUUGGUUUGCAUAGCUUGUUCCUCUGCUUGAACAAUGAUGCACAAAAAAUUUCUGAUUAUGUCGAUAUCCUGAAACAGCAAAUUGUGCUCCAGUGA